AAGCUACAAGGAGCAAAGGGCAUCGCUACUAGGAGCAAGGAUGCUACUAGGGGCUCCUGGCAUUGCUACUAGGAGCAUUCUUGCUACUAACAAGAAGCUAAACCAAAAAAGGCAAGGGCUUGCCCGCUUCAGUGCUUUCACGGGAGCGGCAAGCCAAGCAUGUCUUCGUCCACUGUAAUUAAUCUUAAAAAAAAAAUAAACAUGUGACUUGGCGGAGCGCCCGUGCCACCUGAUGCAAUGUCAUGCUUCUCGGCUCAAGCUCCCUUAGUGUUUGUGGUCUUCCAGAUGCUUCCAUGUGGUUUGGUCAUGCCCUGCUGCUGUUGAUCCCAUUGCUCUCGCAGGGCGCUCGUGAUGAAGAAGACUAUGAAGAGCUUCGAGGGCGUUUGAGUGAAGCUCAAGGAGGAGGUUCAGAUGACGAUGACGAAGAAAGUUUGCACAGUAGCUUAGGCUUCGCCCAAGAGACCCACCGGCACAGGCACCACCGAGGACGCCGGCUGUCGCUGCACAAUGGAAGUGAGGAGGUGACCGAAGAGCAAGGUCAAGCGCCAAGCGAGGAACACCUCAAGAUCCAAACUGAGGCGAAGAAGGAGCCCGACGACUGUGGACCGCUCAUGGGCCACAGCCCGGAAGAGGUGCGAGAGCAAGUGCUCCGAUGCCUCAAGCAACGAAAGCAGCAGGCGAAGGUGGUGCAAGAGUCGCUCCGGAAGCGCUCCAAAUACGAGAUGAUCACCGCCGCAGAGGUGGACAGAGUCGAGAAGCUCGCCAAGGAAAUUGGAGAUGUGGACGCCAUGAAAGCGGCGUACCUGAACGAUCAAGAGAAGAUUAAGGCAGCCUUGGUGAAGCGGAAGGAGCAGAUGGAUCGCCAGAUUCGGCGCCUGGAUCAAGACGGCCAGGAUGCAGCGGAUUGAGCCUUUGAUAGCCUUUCAAACG